AUGGCGCGGCGGGAAGAUGGCGGCGUCACCCCUAACGGUGUCGCCACAGCCUCGGCCGCGGGGCUCCGCAGCGGCAGUCCGGGCGGCCCGGCCGCCCCCCGCGGGGCGGGGAAGGCUACGCCGCUCGGCCCCGCCGCUCGCUGCCGGGCUGUGCCGAGCCCCCCGCCCGGCCUCGACCUCUCCCUGCGCGGCAGCGGGAGCCCCGGCACAGGCUCGGCAGGGCAAUAUCAGUGGGUAAAUGUUCCAGAAGACCAAGCAGACAAGUUGCUCCUUGCAAGCUGGGGUCUUCCCAAAGCAGUUCUGGAGCAAUACCACAGUCUGGGAGUAGUACAGAUGUUUGAAUGGCAAGCAGAAUGCCUACUGCUCGGACAAGUUCUGGAAGGGAAGAACCUAGUUUACUCAGCUCCUACCAGUGCUGGAAAGACUCUUGUUGCAGAAUUACUUAUUUUGAAGCGAGUCCUGGAGACUCGUAAGAAAGCUCUUCUCAUCCUUCCCUUUGUCUCUGUGGCCAAGGAGAAGAAGUGUUAUCUGCAGGCCCUGUUUCAGGAGGUGGAUGUGAGAGUUGAAGGCUACAUGGGAAGCACGUCUCCUGCUGGACGUUUCUCUGCCCUGGAUGUUGCUGUCUGCACCAUUGAAAAAGCCAACGGUCUAAUCAAUAGACUAAUAGAAGAAAACAAAAUGGACUCGCUGGGAGUGGUGGUUUUGGAUGAGUUGCACAUGCUGGGAGACUCUCAUCGAGGAUAUCUACUGGAACUCCUUCUGACCAAAGUUAGAUAUGUUACAGAGAAGGUUGCAAAACGACAGGCAAAGAUGACCAGUCCCGGUUUUGGUGGGAUACAGAUAGUAGGCAUGAGUGCUACCCUCCCUAACUUGGGACUUCUAGCCUCAUGGUUAGAUGCAGAGCUGUACUGUACGGAUUUUCGCCCUGUGCCCCUCAAGGAGUGGGUGAAAAUUGGCAGCAACAUUUAUGACUCCUCCAUGAAUUUAGUGCGAGAAUUCCAGCCCAAGCUUCAACUGAAGGGAGAUGAAGACCAUGUUGUGAGCCUGUGUUACGAGACUGUUUGUGAUGGCCAUUCAGUCCUGCUUUUCUGUCCAUCCAAGAACUGGUGUGAGAAGCUGGCAGACAUCAUUGCCAGGGAAUUCUACAGUUUGCAACAGGCUGAGAGUUCUGCAAAAAACUCAGCCCUUGCGCCAGUUGUUGUGGACAGGGAAAGGAUCGAUGAGGUUCUGGAUCAACUAAAGCGUUCUAUCUCAGGCCUGGACUCUGUGCUCCAACGUACUUUGCCAUGGGGAGUGGCAUUUCAUCAUGCAGGUCUUACUUUUGAUGAACGGGACAUCAUUGAAGGAGCCUUUCGCCAGGGCUUGAUCAGAGUCCUAGCAGCAACCUCUACGCUCUCAUCUGGAGUGAAUUUGCCUGCACGCCGAGUAAUUAUACGAACUCCCAUGUUUGGUGGCAAACUGCUGGACAUUCUCACUUACAAGCAGAUGGCUGGAAGGGCUGGCAGGAAAGGAGUAGACACAGAGGGUGAGAGCAUUUUAAUUUGCAAGCCCUCAGAAAGAUCAAAAGGAACUGCUCUACUUCAGGGAUCUCUCAAGCCUGUUUGCAGUUGUUUGCUUAGAAGAGAAGGGGAAGGUGUUGCUUCUAGCAUGAAAAGAGCAAUACUUGAGAUCAUAGUGGGGGGAGUGGCCAACACUCCAGAUGAUGUGCAGACCUACGCUUCUUGCACUCUUCUUGCAUCCAGCUUGAAAGAAAGCAAGUGGGGAAAUGAGAAAGCACAAGACAAAGCACAGACUGGACCUAUCGAGGCCUGUGUGGCAUGGUUGCUGGAAAAUGAAUUCAUUCAGGUUCUGGACUCCGGCAAUGAUGUGAAAGCAAAGGUUUAUUAUCCAACACAUCUUGGCUCAGCUACUCUUUCCUCUUCGCUUUCACCGACCGAAGCCAUGGAAAUCUUUGCUGACCUGCAGCGAGCUAUGAAAAGCUUUGUUCUGGAGAAUGAUCUGCAUAUCGUCUAUUUGGUCACCCCAGUGUAUGAGGAGUGGACCACAAUUGAUUGGUACCAGUUUUUCUGCUUAUGGGAGAAGCUGCCUGCCUCAAUGAAACGUGUGGCUGAGCUGGUGGGGAUUGAAGAAGGCUUUCUGGCUCGCUCUGUAAAGGGCGAAAUCAUAGCUAAAACAGAGAAACAGCAUAGGCAAAUGGCCAUCCACAAAAGGUUUUUCACCAGUCUUGCCCUUCUGGAUUUAAUCAGUGAGGUUCCCUUAAAAGAUAUGACCAAGAAAUAUGGCUGUAGUCGUGGCCAGCUUCAAUCCUUGCAGCAAUCUGCUGCCACCUAUGCAGGAAUGGUAACAGUUUUCUGUAAUCGACUGGGCUGGCACAACAUGGAGCUGUUGCUGUCUCAGUUCCAGAGUCGCCUCACUUUUGGGGUUCAUAGGGAGCUUUGUGACCUGGUACGAGUGUCUCUGCUGAAUGCACAGCGUGCUAGGACGCUUUACAAUGCUGGCUUUGUCACAGUAGCUGAUCUUGCUAAAGCCAGUCCUGAUGAUGUGGCAACUGCUCUGAAGAAUUCAGUACCAUUCAAAAGUGUUCGUAGGGCUGUGGAUGAAGAUGAAGAAUCAGCAGAGGAGCGUCGGACCGUGCGCAGCAUCUGGAUGGCUGGAAUGAAAGGCUUAACUGAAAGAGAAGCAGCUUCCCUUAUUGUGGAGGAAGCCAGGGGACUUCUCCAGCAGGAUUUGGCACUGAUGGGAGUGCAGUGGAACCCAGAGUCUUUUCCUGAGACUGAUACAUCCUCUAUGAUCAGCAGUGAGUCAGAACUGGAAGACAGACUACAUAGAUUAAAUGGAGAGCAGUCUUCUGAGUCUUCGAGGCUGUUAAACAAAAAAGGGUGCAGAGUUCAACAUCAUAAUGGCCUUGGUUCUCAGAAUGGAAACUUAUCAAAUAUUAAAAAGGGAUAUAAAAGGCGACUAAGCGGUAGUACAGGAAACUCCAGAUUUGAGAGUGAAGUCCCAGGCAGGAGACAGGCUCAAGCAGAGGAAAGCAGUGAUGAUAUUAUGUACAGUGCUAGAAAACGGCCAAAUAUGUGCAGAGGUAAUGAGAACAUAGAAGGAAUUUCUCUGGUCAAAAACAAGAUGGAUUCCAGGAGAGCAAUUCCAGAACUCCCUACUGAACAAGGAAAAACACCAACAUUGAGAACAAAGUCUUCAGGCUCUAGAUUGAUAAAAAGUACAGACAUGCAUAUAAACCGGACUAGGAACAAAAAUACUGCUUCAAAACUGCAGAGGUCACUUCUUGCAGAUUCAAAUAUGCUUAGCAUAGACAUACAAAAGCUGCCUGCUUUCCACCCCACCAUCUCUACAGAUAAUUUUUUUUCAGACCAAAAUAAUAAGGAAUUUAUGGAAACAGGGUCUGUAACUCAUAAAGUCUCAAAUUCUGUACAGAUGGGGGAAAUUAAUCUUGGGAGAAAAGAUAAAAUGGAAGGAUUAUUUACAGAGCCUACCACCACUAAUGAAGGCAUGCCUAAGGGGCAAGAGUGUUUUCAGGCACCUGUUACAUUGCAGGGUACUCCACGCGUCAGUGCGGAGACACGUAAUAUUGUAGGAAGUCUAGUAAUACCUGGUAGUGUUAGGACACAGAGAAAUAAAAAUACUGAUGAUAAGCAGAAUAAAAUUAAUAAAAUGCAAACAGAUGUGAGCUUUGCUGAGGCAAUGAUUGGUAAGCAGCGGAUGGCUUUAGACACAGAUCAUGGUGACGUAACUGCUAGCUGCUCUGGACGUGCAUAUGUCCAUCGUGGCAGCAGGAUAUGGAAACCUGUGCAUCUUUGUCCUGGUGAGGAUAAAUCCUGCCAGAUUCAGAUUCAGAAUGGUGGCAAAAACGGGAGCGAAAAGCCCAAUGGAAUAUUGUUACAAGCUGAAGCACUGCAGAAAGCCAACAGUCAUCCUAAGGAUUUUCUGAAAGACUCUCUAGUAAAAUCCAGAGGUGUUUGCAAUGCAGAUGAUGUUCAGAAUGGUCCAUCCUCUGAUCUGUUUUCUGACUCUAGAGACUUUGAAGACGGCUUCCAGUUGGAUACUCAAACUGAGAUGAUGAUAAUAAAACAGGAGGGAGCAGCUGGAAUCACAGGACAGCAGGGAAUACAAGGUUCAGAGCUGGUAGCAAUACCAUGGCAAGAAAUCUUCAAGAAACUAAGCACUUCACGGACUGAGAAUGCUACUGAUGAAAGGCUGGCUGCAACAGUUAGGAAACUGGGCUUAUCGAGUCUUAUCACAACAAACAAUGUUACAAAAAACACAGCUCAGCACUGCAGUAAUAAAGUUUUGGAGUCUGGAGGCCUUAAUUUACAGCCUGUAGUGAAGGAAAUAGAAUCUGCACCUUGCCUUAAAGAAAGUGAUUUCUCAGUGACCGACUCCCAGCUACACAGUUUUCUACAAGAUUACCAGACCCAAAAUUCAGUGAAGGGGGAGAGUGUGUCUAAAGACCUUAAUAAAGCAACCUCUCCUUUUGGUAGGGAGCCCAUUGUACAAGUAGAAUGCCACUCUGUCCCCGAAACAAGCCUGAAUAUGAGUGAUAGCUUGCUGUUUGAUGAUAGCUUCAGUAAUGUCAGCGACCUUGCAGCUGUUCACAUCAUGGAAGCUGACAGAAAGGACCCUGUGGAGAAGCAAGAGGCUUUGCUUCCUCCAGAUGGUCUUUUGCAGAACCUAAGGCCUGUUCAGAAUAAAUUUGAUGUCAGUGGCAAUCAGAAAGAGCAUGAGGAUCCUGCGCAGCAUAACAAUGUGUCUCUAGCAUUCUCUGAUCUAGUAGCUGAAGUUUUAGAUCAUGCAAACUCCCCGUCUUUUCUGGAAGAUCUUCCUUCUACAUUUCAUGGUCAGUCAGGAUUAAGAAACCCAGUGAUUUGUAACAAUGACCCCAGACCAAAGGAUUUAGUAGGAGAUCAAGGUGAAAAGCUCCAGAGAAGCCAGCAAGCUUUAGACAAGAAAACCCAUCCAGUGGUGUGGGCUGACCACUCGUUUGAACUAAGCCCAGGAUUGCAGGAUGUAUUAGACAAAUGGCCUAGUCCCUCAGGCAUUGAACCAGUUUCAGUAAGCUCCUGUUUGAAAGGAAAGUUAGUUGCUCCUGUUGUUAAUCAAGAGCCAGGUCCAGUUUUUGAAUCUGACUGUUGUCAGCCAGAGCCUUUGCCCACAUGCCAGGAUUUAAAAAGCUCUUUCAAGGUUAAAGAAAGCAAAAUGGAAAACUCGGAUCUUCAGAAAACAGACUGCAUAACACUUCCACUCAAGGGAAGCGACAGAACAUCCUGUCCUCCACCAGAUAGUAAUAAUGGGUUUAUUCCCCCAACACCCCCCAAAGAGCUUUUUCCAAAGAGUUCUGUUUCUCUCUCUGUGAAAUCUGCAAGGAAGAGACAAGUCGCCUGCAUGAAUGAAGGGCAGCUGAUUCAGCCACAGCAGAAGAAUGAGGGCAAUACAGAGCAGCAGGUGAAAACACUCCAGGUCAAUCUUGGGAGUGUAGACCCAAUUGAGACUGAUGAGAUAAAAAAUGAUUCCACUAUAGACCAAGGCUUUUCACUGCAGCUAUCUCAGGACGUUUUUCCACUCGUUCCCUUAAGUGCUGAAAGUUUCACUAUUAUUGAUGUAGCAAGCGACAAAGCACUUUUCCAGACUUUUGUUGCAGAAUGGAAGGAGAAGAGCAGAUUCUCCAUCUCAGUGGCAUGCGAAAGAACAAAAUGUCUUUUGUCACCCAAAUCAACGAUUGGUGGCAAAUUCAAAAAAGGUCAUUCUCCUCAGUGGAUGCAAGUUAAAGAUGAUGGAUUUCCUGUCCAAGGCUGUGAAGACAUCUUGGUAGUUGGACUGGCAGUAUGUUGGGGUGGAAAAGAUGCCUACUAUAUCUCCCUGCAGCAGAGAGAAGACCAGACUGAAAUCAGUAUGAGUUUGGCACCACCACCUUUGGACAAAAACCUAUCUGUAACAGAGAGACUGUAUCAUCUGCAGCUGUACCUGCAGAAGAAGCCCAAGCAGGAGCGCUCACUUGUCAUGUAUAACUUCAUUCAGCACUACAAGACUCUGGUGAUGGCUUGUGGCAUCUCCUUGGAAGGAAGUUUUGAGGACCCAAAGGUUGCAUGUUGGCUGCUUGAUUCUGGCUCUAAGGAACGUACACUUCACAACAUGGUGGCUAACUUUCUCCCCAACGAGCUACCUCUACUGGAAGGGGUAGGCACCAGCCAAGGGGUGCAGAGCCUGGGGCUUAGUGCCAGCGGAGAUCAUUCUGGGCGGUACAGAGCAGCAAUAGAGUCUGUGCUUAUCUUCAAUGUCAUGAACCAACUCCAUAAUGAAUUACAGAAGGAAAAUCUGGCAGAUGUAUUUUCUAAAGUGGAGAUGCCCAGCCAUUAUUGCUUGGCUCUGCUGGAGCUGAAUGGCAUUGGUUUUAGCACAACAGCAUAUGAAACCCAGAAACAGGUCAUGCAAGCUAAACUGAGCGAGAUUGAGACCAAGGCAUAUCAGCUGGCAGGCCACAGCUUCUCCUUGACCAGCCCUGAUGAGAUUGCAGAGGUUUUGUUCCUGGAGCUGAAGUUGCCACAAAAUGGAGAUGUGAAAGUUCAAGGGAACAAGAAAACUCUGGGUUACACCAGAAGAGCAACUGCUAAAGGAAACAGGGUUAGGUUGAGCAAGCAGUUCAGUACAACCAAGGAUGUUUUGGAGAAAUUAAAGACACUUCACCCAUUGCCAGGGCUGAUAUUGGAAUGGAGGAGGAUCAACAAUGCCAUUACUAAAGUGGUGUUUCCACUACAAAGGGAAAAACGAUUGAAUUCUGCACUGGGAAUGGAAAGGAUAUAUCCGGUGUCACAGACUCACACAGCUACAGGUCGAAUAACCUUCACAGAGCCAAAUAUCCAGAAUGUGCCAAGAGAUUUUGAGAUUGAAAUGCCAACUGUGGUUGAAGAAAGUCCACCCUCCCGAGCCUAUGGAAAUGUUAAUUCUCGUGCUGUUUCUGGGGGCAGAUGUAGAAAGCGUUCCAGUAUUUUGCCUAAUGGCCUAAAGGUUCAGGCUGAAGACAGAUCCGAAGAAAGAGGAAUACCGUUUUCUGUUAGCAUGAGGCAUGCUUUUGUUCCCUUCCCAGGUGGCUUAAUCUUGGCUGCUGAUUACUCUCAGCUUGAACUGAGGAUCCUUGCUCAUUUGUCUUGCGACUGUCGACUCAUUCAAGCCUUGAACAGGGGUACUGAUGUCUUUAAGAGCAUUGCAGCAGAAUGGAAAAUGAUUGAUCCUGAAGCUGUUGGAGAUAGGACCAGGCAACAAGCUAAACAGAUUUGCUAUGCAAUCAUCUAUGGAAUAGGAGCAAAAUCUUUAGGCGAGCAGAUGGGGAUUGAUGAAAAUGAAGCUGCCAAUUACAUUGAAUCCUUCAAAUCAAGAUACACAGGGAUUCAGAAAUUCUUGAGGGAGACAGUGAGGAGCUGCAGAAGAGAUGGGUUUGUGCAGACCAUCCUGGGAAGACGGAGAUACCUGCCAGCUAUCAAAGAUACAAACCCCUACAGUAAAGCUCAUGCAGAGCGACAGGCUGUGAAUACAACUGUUCAGGGAUCUGCUGCAGACAUUGUCAAAACAGCCACUGUGAACAUUCAGAGACGCCUGGAAGCUUUCUCCUCUGUGAUCAAGUCCCAUGGACAUCUGGAGAGCUCCUUCCAGAGAGAUAAGACUGGAAGGUUGGCAAGGAAGAGAAACAGAGGGAUGUUACAUCCCAUCAGCGGAGGUUUCUUUAUCCUCCAACUCCAUGAUGAGCUCCUCUAUGAAGUUGCAGAGGACGAUGUCAUCCAGGUCGCUCAGAUUGUCAAGCACGAAAUGGAAAACGCCAUCAAACUCUCGGUAAAACUGAAUGUUAAAGUGAAAAUUGGACCUAGCUGGGGAGACCUGCAGGACCUGGAGCUCUGACGUGAAAUGUAGCUUUCCUGCGUGUGGUGAGGCGGAAGGCACCAUGGACUGGGCAGGGCAAGGGCCCGCGACAGACCUGCGUGUGGUGUGACCCUCCUGGAUCGUGUUUCUGCAGACGUCGUUGCAAGCUGCCUUCUGAAAUGUGUGGUGGAAGCGGGUAUGAAUUCGCCAAGCCAAACCCUUCAAACCUCAGACAGCACAGUGAAGCAUGUUUAGAGAACUGUGAAAUUAUUAAUUGCUACCAGCACAGUAUAUAAAUGAAUUCUGUUAAAAUAUGCUUGAUCUUGUAAUUUAAAACAAAACCCCAAAGCCCAAUGAAUGUAUUACAUAUGAAAUAAGCUGGAUUAUCUUAUUAAA